UAGAGAGAGAAACAAAAAGGAAUACUGUCGGCUUCAGCCAGGCAAAGACCAUCACCAAUUUUCUCUCUCCAGUUCUCUCUCUUCCUCCCUCCAUAGCUUUACUCUCUGUGAAGACGAGAAAACCCUAAUUAAAGCUGUGUACUAGCUCAACUAAUCGAUCAAUUCAUAGCUCAACCUUUGUUCUGUGACCGAGUGCUGAUAUUUUUAAGUUUUUAUUUAUUUAUUGUGUUGUACAUGGAAAUGAACGUAUUAUCCGUGCUGUAUGAUGACUAAUAGAGAAAUCCGGCUGAAUACUUAAGUUCAUCUGGUCAAUUUUGUCGGGUAUUCUUUGAGUGGCUCAUUUUCUGAAGACAGAUAAUCACGUAAAGGGUUGGUGACUUCAAAUUGAUUUUCUUAUGGCACACCUUGCGGCAAAUCACUUCGGUGGCGGGGCUCAUCCAGUGGCUCCAAAUGAGGCAUUAUACAAGGAACUCUGGCAUGCCUGUGCUGGACCUCUUGUAACAGUUCCUCGUGAAGGGGAAAUAGUUUAUUAUUUCCCACAGGGUCACAUGGAACAGCUUGAAGCAUCGACACAUCAGGGAUUAGACCAACAACUUCCUUCUUUCAAUUUGCCAGCUAAAAUAUUAUGCAAAGUGAUGAAUAUUCAACUUCGGGCUGAGUCAGAUACCGAUGAGGUGUAUGCACAGAUAACUCUGCUUCCUGAACAAGAUCAAGGCGAGAUCACAAGGCCUUAUCCUCCUCUCCCUGAACCUCAAAAGUGCACUGUCCAUUCGUUUUGCAAGACUCUUACUGCAUCUGAUACAAGCACCCAUGGUGGGUUCUCUGUUCUUCGGAGGCAUGCAGAUGAAUGCCUGCCCCCACUGGAUAUGACCCAACAGCCACCAUGGCAGGAAUUGGUUGCUAGUGAUCUACAUGGCAAUGAAUGGCACUUUCGCCACAUUUUUCGAGGUCAACCUAGGCGCCACUUGCUCACAACUGGGUGGAGUGUUUUUGUCAGUGCAAAAAAGUUGGUUGCUGGAGAUGCUUUCAUCUUUCUCAGGGGAGAGAAUGGGGAGCUUCGAGUUGGUGUUAGGAGACUCAUGAGACAGCUAAACAAUAUGCCAUCUUCUGUUAUUUCAAGUCACAGUAUGCAUCUGGGUGUUCUUGCAACUGCAUCUCAUGCCAUCUCGACUGGGACCCUCUUCUCUGUGUAUUAUAAGCCUAGGACUAGUCAGUCUGAAUUCAUUGUCAGUGUGAACAAAUAUCUUGAAGCACGAAAUCACAAGCUUUCUGUUGGGAUGAGGUUUAAGAUGAGAUUUGAGGGUGAGGAAGUUCCAGAAAGAAGGUUCAGUGGAACAAUUGUUGGUGUUGGUGAAAAUACAUCAUCUAGAUGGCCUGAUUCUGAAUGGAGAUCCUUGAAGGUUCACUGGGAUGAACCAUCGUCAAUCUUGCGUCCAGAUAGGGUUUCAUCAUGGGAAAUAGAACCGCUUGUCACAGCAACACCUACAAACACCCAGCCUCCUCAAAGAAAUAAGCGUGCUCGACCUCAAGUUUUACCGUCGCCAGUGCAAGAACUUCCUGCUUUAGGAAUGUGGAAGUCUCCUGGUGAUUCUCCAUCAUCGUUCCCAUACUGUGAUCCAUCUCGUGGGCGAGAUCUCUACCCAUCACCGAAACUUUCUUCUGCUGCAAGUGGUCUGGGUUAUGGCGAGAACAGUUCCAUGCCUCUUUCCUCCAAAUCCAUGUACUGGUCAAGUCAAUCAGAUACAUGUACAGAGUCUAUCACACCGGCUAGUGAAAAGAGACCGGCUAAUGGAUAUAGGUUAUUCGGAAUUGAGUUGCUGGAUCGUCCAACUGUAGAUGAAACUUCACCAGUUGCUAUGCCGAGUGCUCUUGUGGAGAAUCAGCCAGCUGCAUCUUUAGAUGUUGAUUCUGGAAACUCAGAACCAUCAAAUCCUAUUCCUUCAGUAAGUUGUGAGCCUGAAAAGUCAUCUCUGAGGUCUCCCCAUGAGUCUCAAAGCAAACAAAUCCGCAGUUGCACUAAGGUUCAUAUGCAAGGGAAGGCAGUUGGGAGGGCAGUUGAUCUCACAAGGUUAGAUAGUUAUGAAGAUCUGCUUAAGAAAUUGGAGGAGAUGUUUGAAAUUGAAGGGGAACUUCGUGAUUCGACCAAGAAAUGGCAGGUAGUCUACACAGAUGAUGAGGAUGACAUGAUGAUGGUUGGAGAUGAUCCAUGGCACGAGUUCUGCAGCAUGGUUAGAAAAAUUUACGUCUAUACAGUUGAGGAAGCCAAAAAACUGUCACCAAAGAUAAAACUUCCUGUUGACGACGUGAAACCAGGCAAACCAGUUUCGGGUGCAACUGUUAGCAAUGAGGAGAAAGCAUGAAGUGGGUCCAGUUACUUAAUACCCAUAAUGUGUAAGAGGAGUGGAGAAAGAUGGAUCUGACAUCAGUCAUAGUUUUGGUUUUUUUGGAGAUACAAGUGAUGCAGUGCGUGACAAUUAGCCCAUACUGGAAUGGCUCGUUCAGUUAAGGAUGCUGGCUGGCAAGACAAGAAAAGUUCGGCUUUUCAGUUUUUUAUUUUUAUUUUAUUUUUUAAUGUAUUUUCUGGGGAGAGUGAUGCCAUAAAAGAUAGGAUUCUCCAUCCUAGUAUUAUCUUAUUGUUAUGAUUUUGACGAAAAAGGGGGAGUCUUAUAAUGCUUUGCUUGUUUGGACCUCAGAUAGAUAGGAAAAGUUUGUCUGCACCCAUCUCUAUUGGGUGGGUGGAGAAAUACUUUGGUCUUACUUUUUGUCGCAUUUUUUUCUUCUUUUUUUUUGGGGCCCGUUGAGGGUUUUCUUUCUUUUGUUGUUUUAAUAUAAAUUCUUGUCUUGACCCAGAUGGCUUCUGUAUAUAAUAGUAUAAAUAUCCUUUGCAAUUA